AUGGCCCCAAAUGGGUGGUUUCGUCCGUCUCAGAAAAAGUCAAAGUCGAAGUGGUCGCCCGCCAUGAUGGGGAAAAGGCCAGAUGGGAUGACGCAAGAGGAGAUGGAAGCCGAAAUGGCCAAAAUGAUCGAAAAGUAUAGAAACACAGAUGAACGUGGCAGUCACAAGAAAUCCCGGAUGGAGAAAAAACGAGAGGAGCAGCUGGAGGAAGAGGAGGACAUGCGAAAUGGAAUAUAUAAAGUCCCAGACCGCAAUCCAUUCACAGGCGAGCCGCUACAUUGCUCGAAGGAGGAAGCGCAAGCUGAGAUGGCCAAGGUGGUUGAAAAGUAUAGAAAUAAAGAUGAACAUGGCAAUCCUAAGAAGACCUGGAUGCAAAUCAAACGGGAGGAAGAGCUGCAGGAAAUGCGAAGAAGACGAAAUGCAGGUCUUUGA